UUUACAUUAUACAUUUAUCCUGAAAUCUAUUAAGUCGGGUUAUGAGGACAAUAUAGGACACAAUCAUAGAAAUUUGAUGUUUGUAGUAGUAUAAGAAUAAAAGUGCGGAAGUUAUAGGACACAAUAUUGAGUGAGUUUGGCAAAUUUGCACUAACCUACAUUCACACAGAAGAGUGCAAACCAGCUGGAGUGAACGUUCAAAAUGAAAUGGAUAUAUAGUAUUUUAUUUUUGAUACUCGGUGUUGUUUAUGCAGACGAAGUGGAAAAAGUAGAACCUAGCGCAAUUCAACAAUUUCUUCAGCAGAGAUGUUACAAAUACGCAAAGGAAGGAGAUGCAUACGAUCAGCUGGUGGGACUUUCCUUCGACUUCUACAAGUACGCUGAAUACACCGCCACCUUCUUGCCAGACCACAUCGACCAUUUCUGUAAGAACGAGAGGCCGAUCCUCAAACUGAAACUGAAAGAUGUAAACAAACAGAUGCUUAAAUGCCUGGCCAGUGACGAAAAAUUCCUUCCUCAGUUUGUGCAGGAUACAUUCCACUACUUCAUGGAAUUUUUAUGCGCCAACGAAGGCUCCAGCGUCAGAACUUUCUUCAGUACGCACGGUAAGGAGUGCAGAGGGUCCCUGUCUAGGCAGAAUGCUACUGAUGAAGUCGGAGCUUGCUUUUCACGAGUUUUUCUCACGGUGAAUGACAAGGGAUUCAUGACGAAAGAUGCCAUAUGCAGCGAUGUUGGUUUCGUGAACGGAUGUUUCUCUGGAAUUCUCGACAAAUACUGCCCAGAUUUCGCUGCAUUCAAGGAGUUGAACAAGCGAUUUUUCACCUACGUUAAUAAACCUUGUUCAGGGUGUAUAUUCGGAGUUAAUAAUAUGGUUACUUUCUUGUGCGUGCUUGCCGCCUUAUUCUACAAAAAAUUGUUUUAAUCUGGGAUAUGGUAAGGUCCCCGGUUCAAAUCUGAUUUUUCGAAUCAAUUCUGGAAAAGAUGUACAAUAAUUAUUAAUGUCUAAAAACGAUUAUACCAGCAGGAGUGUAGAAUCUUAAUACUCAGGUCUAAUGAUCCAUAUUAAUCUCUAUUACCUUCAACCACUUAUCUUCUUUCUUUUCAGAGAUCUUUUUUAUGAACGCAAAACGCAUGGCUUAUACACCAUGUUACAACCAAUCAUUCGAGAAUGGUUCUAAAAUUGGCAAAUAUUGCAAUAUUUGAUUGUGAUAUGAAUAUUUAUGUGAUCAAAAUUAUAUUUUUCUUACAGCCUAAAUUUUCUAGGUAUAUCGAUGACUUAAAGUAUUUUACCGCGACUGAGGGAAUUGCGAUUUAAAAAUUCGUAAAUUUAUCUUUGAAUGGCACUUCUCAUAUUUCAAGUGGAUAGUUUUUGUCUUGUAGGAAAUCAUUUAAUCCAACUGUUAUGUUUGAAAUCGUAGUCUUUGAAUCCUUGUUGCUUUCAAUGUCCACACUGUAAUUUUUGGUGCUUCUUAUCGAUGUUUCUUCAAUCUAUUCCGAAAAUUCAUCGAUGCCUAUUUGAUCAUGAUAUGUAUCGGUGAAUUUUUUCCAUGGAUGUUACAGUCAAAUGCAGGAGAAUUGAACGAAUAAUGACAAAAUUUUCCAUUUGUAUUUGCUGAUCCUCACUGUAUUAUUUGUUCAUACACAUAAGUCUCACACGAAAACUGGAUGAUAUGUGAAUGUGUUAUGUCGAAAUAAAUGGUUAAGAUUUA